AUGGGCUCAAUUAAUCAAGCAAACCAGCCACUGGAGGGAAUCGAAGAAGUUGCUGUAAUCGGCGCUGGUAUUAGCGGCGUUACGUCGGCUGCUCAUCUGCUUCGUCAAGGGUUGAAGGUCACGGUUUUUGAACGUUCUAGCCAAGUCGGUGGUGUUUGGCACUAUGAUGACAGAGUCGCCAAUGAGCCUACUUAUCCGAAUAUCCAGCCGCCGGCACCAAACCGGCCGGACUAUGAAGAUGCAGCAGUGGACCACGCACCUCCUGGACCGUGUUACAAGGGACUUCGAAACAACGUGCCAACAACGCUGAUGAGAAGCACGUUGAUGAAAUGGCCAGAGGAUACACCAGAAAUUGUCAGCCAAGACUUGAUUGACCAGUAUGUCAGAGAUCUGGCGUUUUUUACGGGCGCCCAUAAUCACAUCCAAUUCGAUACGACUGUUAACACAAUAUCAAAGAACCCCGAAGGAAAGAAAUGGGUUGUCAGAACUAGAACGCUCCGGAAAACUGGAGCUGAUUAUGAGUUCCUUGGCAGAACAUGGGAGUUCGACGCUGUCAUUGUAGCCAGUGGCCAUUAUCAUGAGCCGAAGAUCCCCGAUGCCCCCGGCCUCAAGGAGUGGAAAGAGCGUUACCCUGACAGCAUCUCGCAUUCUAAGCGGUAUAGAACGCCGGAGAUCUACAGAGACAAGACAGUCUUGGUCAUUGGAGCAGGUGUUUCUUCUCUGGACGUGGCGAGGGAGAGCCACGCCGUAGCCAAGAAAGUGUACCAAAGUGCAAGAGAUGGACAAUUCGAUCUUCCGGCGAGUCUUUUGCCACCGGGGGCCGAGAGGGUAGGAGGCAUCGAGAAGUUUGUACCACCUCAGGAUUCUACUUCCGGCGAGGUGGUGUUGACAGAUGGGCGUACUCUGACGGGCAUCGACGCUAUCGUGCUUGGGACAGGUUACCUUACAUCGUAUCCAUUCCUGGGCUCGCUGCAAGACCCGACUGUCCCAACAGAGCAAGCUGAUGAUAGACUUAUUGUCAGCAGGGAUGGCCUGACAACCCACAACCUUCACAAGGACAUAUUUUACAUCCCAGAUCCCACGCUCAUUUUCGUUGGCGUGCCUUACUAUACGUCGACGUUCUCACUCUUCGACUUCCAAGCAGAGGUGGUGGCUCGAUUCCUUGCGGGGAAAGCAGCGCUACCCAGCCAGGAAACGCUGCGGCAGGAAUACAAUGUACGCAAAGCAAGCUUAGUGGAAGGCAGCAAGACAUUCCAUAGUUUGAUGAGGAAGGAGGUGCCGUACAUGGAUGGCAUACUUGAAUGGGUGAAUAACGAGGCACAUAGAUUGGGGUACGAGCCGAUGCGGGGUGUUGAUGAGAGGUGGCUGGCACGAUAUGAGGUGCUAAUGGACGAGAUGAAGAGCAGGGCGGGCGACUCUGCGGAAGACCAAGGGAAGAUAGUGAUACCAGAUGCGCUGAGACUGGCAGUUGCACCAGCCAGUGCCUGA